CAACAAUAAUACGAAGUGUCCAAUGGCAAUGGCACCCUUGUGGUGCAAAAGCAGCAGGCAAGGCAAGGAGGUUUAGACAGUGGAAGAUCAGCGUGUUCUUGCAGAAUUGUAGAGACUAACGGAGGAAACUUUGCGAACACUUACAGUGAAUGGUGGUGCAGAUCGUGAGUUCCUUUUAGGGUUUCGUGCAAGGAACCACCCAGAACGAAGUCUUACUCUUGAGCCCAGGUUGCACAAGUGGAGCGCCCAGCUUGCCGACUGCCUGCUGCACUCAAUGCGAAGGUCCUCUGAUCCUGUUACUCCAAGUUUGUCACCCACCGUAAACAUCGCUUAGAGAAAACCAUGGCAAGGCCAAGCAGUAGGCUGAACCCACAGUCUUGAAACCCGAGCUUUCUGCCAGAGGAGAGCCAAGACCCAAGUUGGAGAAAGGGUUUGCUGUCACCAAGGUCAAGAAACCCUGUUCUCUCAGCACUAGUGCGGCAGUACAAAGGUGACUUUGCUUGCCGGGCCCCCCCAGUUGUGAGCAUGGCGGGGCUGCCCCCCAAGCGGGCCCCCUCCCCGACCUCCAGCCCCGUGCUGGCCCCCCUGCAAACUAGCCGGCAGACGCUGAUUGAAGACUCGGGGGGCGCACAUAUGUCGGGCUUUCAUCCGUCCACCCCCGUCACGUCGCCCUCAAAGAAUCCGCUAGAUCAGCUGCUCACACCCCGCAGCAGCUCAUUCCGGAGGAGAAACUCCACAGGGGGACCGCCGAGGGAGCCAUUUUUGAUAGGUGUCGCUGGCGGGACUGCGUCUGGCAAGACCACCGUGUGCGACCAGAUCAUCCAGCGGCUGCACGACCAGCGCGUGGUGCUCGUGUCGCAGGACAGCUUCUACAAGGGGCUCACCCCCGAGGAGCACCACCGCGUGGCCGAGUACAACUUUGACCACCCAGAUGCUUUCGACUCAGAGGCGAUCAUCAGCUGCUUGGAGACGCUUAGAAAAGGGAAAGCCGUGGACAUCCCGAUCUACGAUUUUGUUACGCACCAGCGAUCAACGGAGGUCCGAAAGCGCAACGCGGCGGACGUGAUCAUCAUGGAGGGCAUCCUGGUGUUCCACGAGCCGCGCGUGCGCAACAUGUUCAACAUGAAGAUCUUUGUCGACACCGACGCGGACGUGCGGCUGGCGCGACGCAUCCGGCGCGACACUUUGGAGCGCGGCCGUGACGUGGCAGGCGUGAUCGAGCAGUACGCCAAGUUCGUGAAGCCGGCCUUCGACGACUUCGUGCUGCCUACCAAGAAGUACGCUGACGUCAUCAUUCCCCGUGGUGGGGAUAACCACGUUGCGAUCGACCUGAUCGGGCAGCACAUCCAGGCCAAGCUGGGGACGCACGACCUGCGCAAGAUCUACCCCAACCUCUACAUCGUCCCCUCCACCUUCCAGAUCCGCGGCAUGCACACCCUGAUCCGUGACCGGCACACGACGAAGCACGACUUCGUGUUUUACGCGGACCGCCUGAUCCGCCUCGUCGUGGAGCACGGCCUGGGCCACCUGCCCUUCACCGAGAAACAGGUCGUCACGCCCACCGGCGAAACGUAUGUCGGGGUGGACUUUGCAAAACGACUUUGUGGGGUGUCCAUCAUUCGAAGCGGGGAGAGCAUGGAAAACGCUUUGCGCGCGUGCUGUAAAGGGGUCAAGAUUGGCAAGAUCUUGAUACACCGAGAGGGGGACAACGGCAAGCAGCUCAUCUACGAGAAGUUACCCACCGACAUCGCUGAGCGGCACGUGCUGCUGAUGGACCCCAUUCUGGGGACGGGCAACUGCGCGUCGUACGCCAUCGAGCUGCUGCUCAAAAAGGGGGUCCCGCAGGAAAAGAUCGUCUUCCUCACCCUCAUCUCGGCUCCCGACGGCGUCCAUAAGCUGUGCACGUCCUUCCCCUCUCUAAAACUAGUAACAUCGGAGAUUGAUGCCGGAUUGAACGACGACUGGCGGGUAGUGCCCGGGGUGGGAGAGUUCGGGGACCGAUACUUUGGCACAGACGACGAUCCGGUGCCAACGCCCGUCCAAGGGAAUGCGUUGGUUAUUUGAGGGACAUGAGACUAGAAAUGGUUCUAAAGCACGCGCUCAACGCACGGACUUGCAAUGAAAGGUGACACAGCGUAGUAGAUUGACAUUGAAUCUGUCCAGUUGAUGUUGUUUCUGACGCCACCUAUAGGGAGUCGCUCGUAAAUAUAAUUUGCAUGCCAUGUGUCUAAUGUCUAACGGCCUGGCCCCGAGGUAUCAUUAGUAAUGUUGGGCUAACUUAGAAAGUUAAUACGUCUUGGUCGCAACGAUUCAGUGAACUAUCAUGCUUCAAACUUGCC